AUUUGUUAUUUAUCUUCAGAAAGAACCAUACAAAUUAUUUUUAUAAUUCAGGUUCAGUCUGGUUGUGAUGCAAAUGCUCAACAAAAAUUAGAAACUUGUUCACAAGAAUUGGUAACAAUUGGCGUGCUCGAUAGCAGAUCAUCGAACCCUCUUCAACAAAUCGCUUUUGGUGCUCAACACUUAAGUUCUCAACACUCGAAUGAGUUCAUCCUCAAAAUUUGCGCCGCAUACGAUCGCUUCAAUCAAUGUGUUGACAGUGGAAGUAGCGUCAAGCAUUUCUGUUAUGCACUUCAUCCUCUGAAAAUACGUUAUGGCAUUACUGACGCAGCCCUGAAUUAUAUUUGUGGUCAAGGAUAUAAAUGUGCGUUGCUCUUAAAAGCUACACCACCAUCAAUACGAUAG